AUAAACGCUAGUCUGGCAGACAUGAGUGAGCUCUUGGGUCGUCAGGACUGUAUCGAAAGCCUCCGAAAAGACCUGGUCGACCUUCAAGGUGCGAUUCUGGACGUCUUUUCUAGAACCGGACCAGUCCGCUUCCCCUCCUGGAAGUUCCCCGAUAAACUCUCCUGUAAUCUGGACAUGGUGGCUCUGCUAGGGCAAUAUGACUUUGUGGAUGGGGAGGAUGCAUUCAAUCAACACUCCCAUAUUGUCUUACUGGAGCUCAUGAUUGACAGACUACUGCUUCUUCUACAAAGCUUCAGUUCUUAUGUUGAGCAAUUGAGGAGCAGCCAGAGGAGAGAGCAAUCCCAGCAGAAAGGGUGCCUGUCAGUUGGUCUUGUAGUCAGAACCUACUGGAGUAAUUUAGUUCAAUUUACCAGCUUUAAGGGGACCUUCCAAGGAAUCAAGAAAGAGACAAAUCCAAAGACAUUUGACAGUGAUGAAAUAGAGACAGUUUCAUCUGUUUAUCCUAAAAUGAGCUCAAGGAGUGACAGUUGCAGACGUUGUUUAUCUACAUGUUCUUCAACGAGCUCCUUUAAGUUUUUGCCACAGAAUCAUGUACCCUCCAGUCCUACCCACAACACCCUGUGCCAUCCUAAAGCUGACAGUCACACUGUAAGCUGCCAGACAGUUGAAUCAUCCCUCAUUCCCUGUGAUGCCUGUCAUCGAGUGCAAUUGGUUUUGAGAAAGACAGGAGAUGCUUUGGUAGAACUGUUUCAGAGUGAGGGCCUGCCGUCCUCUCUGCAGCCACUCUUAGCUGCUGUGGAGGAAACCCUGGAGCUGGGACACAUGACAGCAGGGGAUGUCACCCAGUGGGCCAACGAGCAGCUCAGAGACAUGCGACGGCUGGCAAAGCAUUUGCAAGAUGUGCGCGGUACAGUACACCCUCUUAAAGAUAGACUAGCAAUAGCAGAGGCAGAGCGGGAGAGAUUCAGGUCUCAGCUGGAAAGAGCACGGAAAGAGUUCAAGCAAGACAUGGAAAAACACCAGGCAACCAUAGUCCAGCUGGAGUUUUCACUGCGGAAAGCACAGAGAUCUGUGAAAGAAACAGAGCAGAGGCUACAAGAGGCGCAACAACAACUCAAGACAGAAACUUUGUCCUUGGAGGAGAGUAAUUCCAGUCUGAUGGAGAAAGUAGCAGUGCAGCAAGAUACAUUACAAGCACUUGAAUGUGAAAAGAAGGCACUGCAGGAAAAAGUGGAGUCCUUGCACUUGGAGGAAGAGGCCUGUUGUAAACUACAACAAAGGAUCCAGCAACUAGAGAGUCAGAUCUCUGAAACUCAAGUCCUUCUUGACAAGGAGAAUGCCAAGUACCACAGCGCUUGUCGUCAGCAAGAGUCGAUGCAGGCAAAGCAGAAAUCUUUGUUGGAGAGGGUGGAUGCUCUUGAUGAAGAGUGUGAAGAGUUGCAGAGGGAGCUGGGUGAGAGAGAGGAGAGACAGAUCGAGCUACACAAUGGGCUGCAACAGAUGUCAGAGGAGAAGGAACAACUGCAGGCUCAGCUCGCUCAACAGCAGGACUUGCAUUUAGAGCUUCAAAAGGAGAAGCAGACGCUAGAAACAAACAUAGGCGAGCUAAAGAACAGUGUGGCUGAGCUGAAGGAAUACGUGCAAGCUUUAAAGGAGAGGGAGAGGCUGUUGGUGGCUUUCCCAGAGCUCAGCCCCCUGGCUCAGGCCCAGCCACAGAGUACAGGAAAUGUGCUCUUGGAUAUGGAGCAACAACUGCAGGCAAAUUGCAUCCGUAUAAAAGUUCUGGAGCAGGAAAAUACCACCCUACACAGCAGCCUUGAGAAACUGAGGGAAAGAGCACAACAUAACACUGCAAGGGAAGCCUGGCCUCAGCAGACAUGGAGCCCCUCUCUGCAAACCACACCAGUGGAAAAACAACAGAAUCACCUGACACUAAUGCAAAACAGCCCACUGCAGAGCAGCAGUGCAGCACGGCUGGGAUACGGUAACAGAGGGAAGGAUGCAAGAGGAGGAGAAAGUGGUCGGGAGUCAGAGGAUCGCGUGUCCCCUGCCGCUGCCCCCCCUUCGUCCCUGCAAAUUCACCUUCAAACCCUUAACCUCAACACUCCACGCUCCACUGCUGCUAAAAGCUGUACAGACACACGCAGUGCUUCUCUCCUCUCUCACUCCAGAGGCUUGAAUCAGAGGAGAAAAUGAAAGCCAGAAGGCACAAAUGCACCUAGACAGUUUUGCAGUCGAAGAGAACGCAGCUUUGUGCAAGGAUUUUUUGGCAAAAACAAU